AUGGUCAAUGUGAUUGUAUAUUUAUAUGAUACAUUUCUAAUUUUAAUUUUUUCAGCUGGCCCAAGCAUCAUUUCUAGAUGGGAAUGGAACGUCAGAGCCAGACCGCCGAAAUUUGAAGCGCCUAAUCUAAAAAUAAGACCAGCACCGUAUGUACUUAUCCAUCAUUCGGCAGGCUCCAGUUGUAAUACUCAAGAAUCAUGUAAAUUUGAAGUGGAACAAUUGCAGAAUAAACAUAUGGACACGAAAGGAUGGUCUGACAUUGCCUACAAUUUCCUAGUUGGAGAAGAUGGAAAUAUUUACGAAGGUCGCGGAUGGGACAAGCAAGGCGCUCAUUCUGUACCUUUCAAUAAAAAGAGUAUUGGAAUUUGCAUCAUCGGGAAUUACAACACUCGAACACCAAACGCAGCGGCGAUACGAGCAGUGGCUUACUUGAUCUUCCAAGGAGUGGAAAAUGGUAAAAUAAAGAGUGAUUACAAGCUUCUUGGACAUCGGCAAACUUGGCCAACCAUGUGUCCCGGAGAUAGUCUUUAUACAAUGAUAAAAUCAUGGCCACACUGGUCGGACAGAGAAUAAAUUAACACACAUACACAUACAUGUAUUUAUAUAUAU